UGCCUCGGUUGUGGAUAUAAGGUGACAUUCGGCCUUAAUAUCGGAUGCCUCAAGCCUGGAUACAAAAUGACUCGCGAUACCAGCUUUACUAUCCCAUGAGUUCGAUUGCCGUCAUUCGUAACUACUUACAGUGACGCAUGAUGAUUCCACCGAGUGUUUCUCACCUCCUGGCCGUUGGGGCAGGAAUUGGUACCCUAUUUGCCAAUCAUGUCUCUGCUCUUGACACGACAACUGUAAAGACGGAUAGCGGUGUUGUUAAAGGCUUUACAGACGAGUCUUUUCCUAAUGUGGCUCAAUUCCUCGGUAUACCUUAUGCCGAACCUCCGGUUGGGAAACGACGAUGGGCUCCUGCAGUAGCCAAAGGACAAUUCGGAACAUUGAAUGCAUCGCAUCAAGGCCCUGCUUGUCCUCAGGCUGAACCAUCCAACAGUGGUCCUUGGCGCCCUGAGUUCCUGAUCAAGCCUAACAGUACAAGCGAAGACUGUCUGUACCUCAACGUAUGGACUCCAUAUAAGACUUGGGGAGGUAACAAGGAUCAACUACCCGUGUUGGUUUGGAUCCAUGGCGGUGGUUUUGGUGCUGGCGGUGGUAACAUCGACUAUCAAGUACCUCCCCACUGGAUCGCAAGGAGUCAGAAACACAUAGUCGUCAGUCUCAACUAUCGUCUGGGAAUCUUUGGGUUCCCAAAUGCCGCGGGUCUUGGCCCCAAAGAGCAAAAUCUGGGACUCCUAGAUCAGCGUCUUGCUGUCGAGUGGGUGCGCGACAACAUCGCACGCUUCGGCGGUGAUCCCAAGGGAAUCACUCUCUGGGGUCAGAGUGCCGGCGGCGCUUCGGUUGGGUACUAUCAGUAUGCGUAUCCUAAGGAGCCAAUUGCGCGUGCAUACAUCCAAGAUUCAGGAGGUGUCUUCUUACCCAUCAACAAUGCUGAUUCCUCACACUCCAACUUUACCUCUAUUGCGAAGGCGUUCAAGUGUGAUAAAGGCAACCAGGUCGAUUGCCUCCGCAGAGUACCAUUCAAGGAUAUCCAGAAGAAGGUCGAGAAUACAGCGGGAGUGAGCUUUGUUCCUGUUGUCGAUGAGAGAACUAGGUUCUCCGACUACUCGAAGCGGCUUCUAUCGUCCAAGAUCCCCAAGCUGCCAUCCAUCAUCGGUACAAACAGAGACGAAUGGAACUUUGGUGCAGAGCCUGCAGAGCCUGCAGAGCCUCCAGUCAUGCCACCACCCGAACAAGUCCACACAGACAGUACCUUUGGUUGUCCCGCACACUUCGAAACAGCUCUGCGAUCCUCAACCAACGCCAAGACCUGGCGAUACAUGUACUCCUCAAACUUCACCAACAUCAUGCCCGGAGACGAGGGUGCUUUUCAUUCCGCUGAACUUCCUUUGAUCUUUGGGACCCAUGAUAUUGCGCGGAAUAAGUCUGGGCCGUUUGAGUACAAGAUCAGUCAUUCGAUGCAGGAUUACUGGUUGGCGUUUAUUCAGGAUCCCUAUGCUGGGUUAACGAAGAAGGGAUGGAAGCCAACAGCUGGAGGGUAUGAUGCAUUGCAGACUGGUGUGGAGUUUGGGUUUGACAAUGAGAUUGUUGUGAGGAAGUAUUCGUUCAAGUCCUUUCAGGAUGGGUGUAAGAAUGCUACUGCAGUUCAGCAAUAGGUAGUCCCACAAUUGGUUAUCAGCAAAGCUGGUUCUUAUGUCAAUUCAAUACGAUUUCCCAAGAUAUUUGCCAUGUCAUCGCCAA